AUGUCUACGAUAAACAUGUUCUUCAGAAGGGUGUGGAACUCACCUACGGGCCCCAAGACAGUCCAUUUCUGGGCCCCCACGCUAAAAUGGUCUCUGGUUAUUGCAGGUUUCAACGAUAUGAAGAGACCAGUAGAUAAAUUAUCUGGUACACAAAACCUAUCAUUAUUAGCUACAGGUUUGGUUUGGACCCGUUGGUCCUUUGUCAUCACUCCCCGGAACUAUUUGCUUGCCUCGGUGAAUUUCUUCCUUGCCGGUGUUGCAGGAUUCCAAAUAUCAAGAAUUGUUAAUUUCAGAUUGAAAGAAGGUGAUUCUAAGAAGCAAGUAAUGGACUACAUUAUUAAUGGUUCAGAUUCCUUGAAGGGAAGAUCGAGUGGAAUGAUGGAUGUCGCCACUACGGGCAUGAAAGUAGGGUCUUCCAACGCCACCGAUUUAACUUCCAUAUCGCAUUGA